AUGUAUCGGAUAUCGAACAUCUACGUCCUCGCUGCCUUUGGCACCAUUGGCGGUGCUCUCUUCGGUUUCGAUGUUAGCUCCAUGAGUGCCUGGAUUGGCACCAAGCAAUACCUCGACUACUUCAGUAGUCCGGACUCGAAUCUCCAGGGCGGUAUUACUGCUUCCAUGUCCGCUGGAUCAUUCGCCGGUGCUAUUGGUGCUGGGUUUCUGUCUGACCACGUCGGUCGGCUAGCCGGCCGAGUUAUCAGCGGUCUUUCCGUCGGUAUCACUUCAUCGCAAGUCUGCGUGUAUCUGGCUGAGCUGUCCCCUGCCCGAAUUCGCGGUCGUAUCGUCGGCAUCCAGCAGUGGGCCAUCGAAUGGGGUAUCCUCAUCAUGUAUCUCAUCUCGUAUGGCUGCGGUCAGGGUAUUUCUGGUCCUUCCUCUUUCCGUGUCGCCUGGAGCAUUCAGGCCGUGCCAGGUCUAGUCCUUCUGCUUGCUCUCCCCUUCUUCCCAGAAUCUCCUCGAUGGCUGGCUAUUAAGGAACGCUGGGAGGAGUCUUUGGAUACGUUGGCUAUGUUGCAUGGACGUGGCGAUCGCAGCAACCCCGUCGUACAGGUUGAAUUCGAGGAGGUACAGGAAGCAGCGCGUAUCGCACAUGAGGCAAAGGAUAUUUCGAUCUUUGCCUUGUUCGGUCCACAGAUGUGGAAGCGGACACUCUGUGGCGUUAGUGUUCAGGUGUGGCAGCAGCUGUUGGGAGGAAACGUCGCCAUGUACUAUGUCAUUUAUAUUUUCCAGAUGGCGAACAUGUCCGGGGACACUGCCCUCUAUUCCUCUGCUAUUCAGUAUGUGAUUUUCCUGCUCACAACCGGUGUGAUGCUCCCGUAUAUCGACCGCAUUGGACGCCGGUUACUACUCCUCAGUGGAUCCGUUCUGUGCAUGGCUCUUCAUUUCGCCAUUGCCGGUAUUAUGGCCUCAUACGGCAAUCCGGUCGACUCGAUCGACGGGAACGCCAAUUUGCGAUGGGAAAUUAAGGGCUCUGCUGGCAAGGGCGUGAUUGCCUGCUCGUAUAUCUUUGUCGGUGUUUACGGAUUUACCUGGGCUCCGGCAGCAUGGAUAUACGCUUCAGAGGUAUUCCCACUGAAGUACCGUGCCAAGGGAGUCGGUCUCGCAGCGGCCGGGAACUGGAUCUUCAACUUCGCAUUGGCGUACUUUGUGGCACCUGCGUUCACCAAUAUCAAGUGGAAGACGUACAUUAUCUUUGGUGUGUUUUGCACUGUGAUGACGUUCCAUGUAUUCUUCAUGUAUCCCGAGACAGCGCGUCGGUCGCUGGAAGAGAUUGACGAGAUGUUUGACUCGAAUGUGAAGGCGUGGAAGUCGCAUGAAAUCCCAGACAAGUUUGGGGAGGAAAUUAAGCGGCAUCGAAAUCGACAGCAAAGCGUGGUUGAGGAGAAGACUACUGAGGCGACUCAUAAGGAGAUGGUUUAG